AUGCACCCGUCCUCGUCGCUCCAAUGGUUUCUCCUCGCGCUACCCGCUGCCGUCCUCGUCGCGUACUGUCUCACCGCGUUCCCACACGCAUCCUCCACUCGCGCCGUCCACCCGUCCCUGGCCACCCUCCCGAAUCACUCCUCCAGCUGGGAAAUCUAUCCUGAUACGUUCUAUAAAGGUGGAGCCUAUGUCAAUCUCCCGCAGGGCACAGUCCGGCACUGGCUCAUUGGCCCUGAAGACGGCGAACGCAUCGUUCUCAUUCACGGGCUCUCCGUACCCGCUAUCAUCUGGAAAGACGUCGCGCCCAAGCUCGUGAGCAGCGGUUUCCGUGUUUUGCUAUACGACCUGUACGGGCGUGGAUAUUCUGACGCGCCCCAGACGACAUACGACGCGAACCUCUACACCACACAGCUCGCACUUCUGAUGCAACACGUUCGCUGGGAUCGUGCACACAUUGUUGGCGUGUCCAUGGGCGGAGGUAUUGCCGCCGCGUUCAGCGCACAGUUUCCAUACCUCGUGUCAGAUAAGAUCGCGCUCAUCGCGUCCAGCGGGCUCAUCACGGUGAGCGCGCCUCCCCGCUUCGUUGCCCCGCACAGGCGCUGA